AUGGAUUCUAUGAGAUCGUUGAACACCUCCUUGCCGAGCUCCACACCCCGCCCUCAGCCGCCAGAGCAACUCCUCCAGUCUUUCAAGGCCGCUGCUUUAUCUGUCACCAAUCUUUAUAAGAAUGCAGUGUAUGAACAAGCACAAGCGAAGCAAGCGGGAUAUCAAGAGGCCAUAGAGGAUCUACUACACUUCCUCGACCGCGAGAACCUCGGCCUCGGCGAUGGUGAGGGGUGGAAGGUCCGACAAUGGGCAACCGAGAAGUGUGAUGGAACUGCGUCCCAAACAGGUGAUGAGGAGGAGCGAGGCGACACCGAAAAACGUGAUCGAAGCUCAACGCCCACAACUGCCCGCAAAGAACCUCCGACAUCUGAAGCUCCCACCCGACAGCCGCCUGCCUCCGCACCUCCUUCAACCCCUCGUCCGGAAACCGCAGCCGCUACGCCUCAACCCCAACCUCAAGAGCCUGUCAACACCUCUCCUGCUGUUUUCACCUUCACAGCCGGACCGACAUUCCCGCAAUACCAAGAUCUCGAUAUGGACACCCCCUCAUCAGACAACUCUACCCCGCCGUCACAGGAUGGCGCGCCUAUCAAUUUAUCUAUGAUGCCACGCAACUCCCGCCAAUCCCAUCGUCACAAUAAUUUACCCCGAGCGAAUGCACGAUCAACUACAAGAGAGUCACCGGCCACUUUGGGAUCAAAGCGAAAGUUUACAGUCCCGGAUUUCUUUGACUUGUCCGGAAUGGCGAAUGGGAAGGAUGCGUUUGGCGGAGGCAAACGUGGACGGUUUAAUUAA